AUGGAGGCGAGCCGGGCGCGGAUGCUCGCGCAGACCGCGACCGGGGCGGAUGCGCGCGACGACCGCGAAGGUGCCCGAAUCGCGGCGGUCCGUCGGGCGGUCCGAGGCGCGGCGGCGUCCACGUCGUACUCCACGCCGUCCGCCCGCGUCGUCGUGAGGCCCGAGACGACGCGGGCGGCCACAUCGGAGGAGAGCUCCCCGAGGCUCACUCGCGCCGCCGCGGUGCUCCGCGAGGCGAAGGCGCUCAUGCGCGAGCUCUCCCCGGCGUCCACCCUGGGAACCCCAUCCUCCGCGGGGGGCAGCGCCGCGUCUUCCGCGGAGGCGGCGACCGAGAGCCGGUGGAGAUCCCUGCGGAAGAGCUACGACGCCAUCGAGGCGGAUAAAGCCGCCGCGUCCAUCGACGCCGCGGAAGGAGGACGCGACGACGGACCGACGCCGCCGCCCAGGAAGCAGCUCUUCACCGCGGCGAUGAGACGAUGGAAAGCGUCGGACUCGCGCCUCACGGCUCUGCCUCCGCCGCCCGGCGAGCGCGAGCCGCGCGAGCCGACGCGCGUCGUGCGCGCGGCGAACGGUGCCGCGGAGCUCUCCGCGACCCUGCGACCGGUCGCAGGGAGGCCCGACGCGAGGGAGAUCCUCGCGCGAGCCGCGGGCAUCGCGGCGGCUGGCGCAGCAGCUGUGACGCGGCGGGCACAGCCGGCGCGGACGUCGUCCCCCGCGUCGCGUUCCUACACGCAAAACGACGCGAUGCUCCAGCUGGACCGCACGCGCGCCGCGCGCGAGAGAAUGGAGGCGCGACGGCACGCCGCGGACGACGAGGUCCGCGCGCUGCGCGAGCGGCUCAGGCGCGAGGCGGCGCUCGCUGAGCGGGAGCGUUUAGCCGCGGCGGCGGAGGCAGAGGAAGCGUCCGCGGCGGCUCGACUCGCCGCGGCGAUCGCCGCCAAGGAGCGAAGGCUCGCCGCCGCGCGCGCGGCGAUCGCGACGCGCGAGGACGCCGAGCGGCGCAGGCGCAUCGCCGAGGAGGUCGAGGCGGCGGAGGCGGAUGCGAGGGAGGCGGCCAGGUUGAAAGAGGUUGAACGCGUUCGCGCUAAAGAGCUCGUCAAAGCCGCGAGGGAAGUCGAGGAGAGAAACGCGAGACGCGAGCGAACGCGGCGGAUGGCCUCCGCGCUCGGCGCGUGGCGCGACGUCGCCCUUCGCGAGCUCCGGGGCGACGGACCGGACACGCGCGCGAGGGUCGAGGCGAUGCGCUGGCAAAAAAAACGAAGGGUCCUUCGCGCGUGGUUCGCCGCGGCUGACUCGGCUCGCGCGACGCGGCUGGCGACGUCGCUGGCGAGACGGCGGGAGAUGGAGAACAUCGCGGGGCUCCACCGCGAGCGUCGCGUGGUGCGCGGGUGCGUCGGCGCGUGGCGCGACGUCGCGGCGGUGGGCGCGGGGGCGAGGCGGGCGGAGGCUGCCGAGGAGACUCGGGCGCGGGAGGCGGCGGCGGCGGCGGAGAAAGAGGCGGAGAAAGAGGCGGAGAAAGAGGCGGAGAAACGCGCGGCGGCGGCGAGGAAAGAGGCGGAGGCUCUCGCGGCGGCGGACGCGGCGGCGGCGGAGGAACGCCGCGUCAAGAAGGAGGCGCUCCUCGCCAGGGUGGGGGCGACGGUGGCGAACGAGGAGUCGGCGGCGGAGCGAUUGGACCAAAGCCCCGCCGCCGGCGCCCCCGCGGCUCGGGAGUCCGCCGACGACGCCACCGUCGCGGACCUGCUCGAGUUUGUCAACCUCGCGAAACGAGUCCACGCGGAUCUCGGGGGCGUCCCGCUGGGCUCCCCGACGAAGGCUCACGCCGACGAGGACGACGACGCCGACGAGGACCUGGGAUCCCCGCCGAAGAAGCGCAAGACGGAGACGGGACUGGCUUCCGUCAUGGAGGACGACGACGACGCGGCGGGCGCGCUCCUCGCUGGCGCGAAUCCGUGGAUGCACGCACCGCCGGUCGUCUCGGCGGCGGAUCCGGGUCCCGGUCGGCCCGACCUGGUCAAAGGUACGAACGGCUCUGACGACAAAGAACCGGUGGAUGGUACGAAAGCGGCGAAGAUGGCGCGACGCGCGGCGGCGCGAGCGGCGGCGCGCGCCGAGCUCCGCGCCAAAGCCGCGGCGGCGCGCGAAGCUGCCGCCGCGCGCGAGGCGCAGAAGGCGCUCCUCGAGGGCGAGGCUGAGCGCGCGUUGGAGGCGGCGCGGCGAGCCGAGGCGUUGUCCGCGAGGCGGGCUUCCAAAGCCGCCGAGGAACGCAAGAGGCGCGCGGCGGUGAUCGCCGCGGAGUCCACCGCGCUCGCCGUCGCGCACCACGAUCGCGCGCUCUUGCUCCGCGCGGGGAUCAAACCCUGGCGCGCCCUCGUGCGUGCCACGAGGGCGGCUGUCGAGGAGGCUGAGUACCGCGCCGGGACGACGACCGCGCGGAUCCCGUUUAGGGCUUGGUCCAACCGCACCGCCGCCAAAGUUUCUGGCCUGCGGGACGGCGCCGCCGUCAUCUCCGCGAUGGACGACAGGCGCGCGUCGUUGCUCACGCUCAGGGCGUGGAGCGGGUGGUCCAAGGCGACGACUUUGGCGUCUUUCCGCGCCAAGGCGAAGGGUUGGGACGCGUGGGUCGAGGUUGUGCAAGCCGCGGCGGCGGCGGCGGCGGCAGCGCUCGAACGUCGGCGACGCUCGCUGAUGAAAAGGGGCUGGAACGCGUGGAAACUGGCGGCGCGCGCGCGUCUCGAACGCCUGGAGCGCGAGGCACACGCGGCGUGGCUCGAGGAGACCCGAAGGAUCGGCCGCGGGGCGUUGAGAGAGUGGCGCCGCGCCGCCGCCUGUGCCGCCUCGGCGCGGCGCGAAGCCGAGACGAAGGACAGGCUCUUCCUCAAGGUUGGCCGGUGGCUCGAGGAGCUCAGGGCGGACAAGGCGCUCACGCCGAGCCCCGCGUCGAAGGGCCCGAGCCCCGAGAACCGCGAGGAGCGCCGCGCGAGGUACAAGUCCGGGUUCACCCCCGUCGCCACCCCAAUCGCCGCUCCUUCAAAAGAGGUCACUUCGCGCGGGCUCAACCUCGCGGAGGCGCCCGUCCCGGAGCUGGCGAUGCUCCGCCUGCGGAGCAUGCCGCAGUACGCGCGCGUGAUGCAGGCGGCGAGCGAGGCAUCCGCGGCGCCGGCGGCGUCGCCGUCGUCGUACGUCACGCCGCCGAGGACGCAGUCCAAGAUCCCUCUUCCCGUCCUGAAGGCGCCGGCUGUGCCUCGGGCGCCCGCGCCUCACGCGACCCCAGCGCCGCCGCCCGCGAGGGCGGAGAGGAAGGACGACUGGCUGGAUCUGGACGUGACGCCGCCGCGGGUCGACCUCCUCGGACUCACGCGGGGUGUCACGAGGUCUCCCUUGGGCGCGAUGGCGGUGAACAUCGAGGUUGACUCGCCGGACCUCAACCUGAUGAGAAUGGCGAAGGAGAGGCCCAAGGUUAAGGCGAGGGCAAAGGUGAACUCCAACAAGCCGGCGGUGGACAAGCCGACGAAGGAGGUUAGCCCCGGAGGCCUGUCCAAGGGGUCUCGAGCACGACUGGAAAAGCUCGCGGCGAAGAAGCGGGGUCAGGCUAAGGAUAGGCAGGACUUCUGGAAGCGAGUCGGUUAG